CGCAAUGAAUUCUGCGCAUUUUGUGGUGCGUCAGAAAAGACAAAAGUGUCCCAUGAUAAUCACAAGACACACGGAAAGCUAGUAAAUUAUAUCAAAAGCUUGGAAAUCCCGGUUGUAGGACGAAAUAUCGGUUGAGACAUGACUCGGUCGUUAUCACGUGUAAAAUUCUGGUUAUUGGUUUUGUACGUGCCCUAUGUGUUACACACAGUCCACAGUGCAGGAGGAUCGAAGCCACCGAACAUUUUGUUUUUGCUUGCUGAUGAUUUUGGCUGGUACGAUGUCGGUUAUCAUAACCCCAAAAUACAAACUCCCAACAUCGAUAAGUUGGCUAAGAGUGGAGUUAUACUUGACAGUUAUUACGUGCAGCCAAUAUGUACACCGACACGGGGAGCACUGAUGACUGGAAGGUAUCCAAUACACACAGGUAUUGUUGUCUUGUGCAGUGAUGUUUCUCACUGAUGUGAUUUUAUUUACAUCAUUUCUCGAGGGGAAAUCCUUCAUUUGACGCAAUUUGUGAAGUUGAAAUACAGAUAUUCAAAAGCGGGCUGUAAUUGCUCAUGAUCAUUCCGAAGGACUCGCAUCUACUUCCACCCCUUUUAAAUGGCGUUACGCUGUUCAAAUCUUGUCCAUGUCAACACCAUAUUGUUUGACACAAAAAAAUGUUACCCUAAGAUAUCGCGAAUCUAAUGAGCUUCUGUGAAUUUCGCAGUUUUUUUGCGAUUGCUAAUCAAGGACCCAAAACAUCUUUGAUUUAUUUUCUGCUAGGUCUGCAACAUGAUGUUAUUCAUCCGGAAAACCCCUAUGGAUUGCCCCUGGACUUCGACUUGUUGCCACAGAAACUGAAACAGGCUGGUAGGUAUUGGAAACGUUUUAUGGAUUUUUAAAUUGGGGUCUUCUGUUGCACUGGAAGAGACGAUAUUGGAAAAAAGAUUGAUUCAAUUUCUCAAUUGCAGAUACUAAAAAAAAAUAAUAAAGUUCCUCCCUUGGUUUUCGUGUAAUUAAAAAUUUCUUUCCAUUUCCACUUUCUUUUAUCAGGUUAUGCCACUCAUUUGGUUGGCAAGUGGCAUCUUGGUUUCUACAAAUGGCCUUAUGUUCCAACCAAACGAGGUUUUGACUCCGCUUAUGGAUUCUGGGACGGUUCUGAAGAUCAUUUUGACCAUAGUCGCCUGGGAAUAGUGGACUUUCGUGACAAUUUGGAUGUAGUAAAGAAUUUGAACGGCACCUACGCCACAAACGCUUACGUCUCUGUAAGAGGAGGAUUGUUGGGGUGUUUACAUUAUUGUAUCUCAUUAGUAUCUUUUAAUUUCAUUCAUUCGCUCGGCCUCAAUAGCUUUUAAGCCAUAAACUCUACCAAUGGUAAACGAGUUUUUAUAUAUCAUUUUAUUUCACCCUGCUUUUAUUUCAGGCGCACGUUUACCUAAGAUAGCCUGGGUCAAAAAGGAAAUCGAACGCACUUUAAACGCGCAUGAAGGAGUUACACGGUGCACGGGCUUCCUAAGAUAAAUUAUACACUGAAGAAAUUUUAUCAUUUUGUUCACCUUGAGACAGUGUAAGUCGUCUCGCGUAGUUUAGAUCUACUAGAGCUGCUCGUGAAUAAAAGCGAGGACGAACGCCGGAAGAAACUUUAAUGGCUGCUUUAAUGCGUCUGUUGAGCUCUGCUGUCACCAUCAACAAACCAUAUCUAGGGUUCAGCUCACUUAAGCUACUAUAAGGUCAGCUAAACGUUCCUUUCAUGUCCCUGCAAUGUAUGUAACCACUGGGAGAAGUUAGACUUGGAAAUCUAAGGCAUGUUUUCUUUUCUCACAGCAAGUGAAAAAGGUGUUACAGGACCACAAUUCAUCGCAACCGUUAUUCAUGUACAUGGCCUUCCAAAAUGUUCACGCACCUAUCCAGGCUCCAGAGAAGUACAUAGAGAAGUACGAAUUUAUAGAAAAUAGAAUGAGGAGAGUUCACGCUGCUAUGGCAGAUAUCAUGGAUGAGGCUGUGGGCAACAUAACAGAAGCUUUUAAAGAAGCAGGGUUAGUAGUAUGAUGAUGCAUUAUCAAAAAAAUUCCAAUUCUUUGGCACCUCAAAAGACCCUUUAACAAGCCUGGAAAAAAAGCGACGUUUAACAUGAGACAUACCCUAAAAAGGUAUUUUUAAAUUAUCCAGCCAGUAUCUAUUUCUCGUUUUUUUUCAGAUUGUGGGAGAAUACCCUUCUAAUAUUCAGCACUGACAACGGAGGUUUACCAUUUUACGGAGGUUACAAUUGGCCUCUUCGAGGAGAAAAAAUGACGCUCUGGGAGGGAGGGGUAAGAGGAGUUGGAUUUGUUCACGGAAAUCAGCUAGCGAGGAAGGGAGUUACGUGUAAUGAAUUAUUGCAUGUGACGGACUGGUAUCCAACAAUUCUUGGAUUGGCCGGUAAGGAAUAUUACAUAAUUAGCAAAGACUAUCUUCAUUUUCAUUGUAAAUAAUAACCGAUGCUAGUUUCGAUGAACUUUAAAAAGUCUCUCUCGAUUUUAAUGAUUUCUUCCGAGGAAGAUCUAAUUUUCUAUUAACGCAUUGUAAACCGCUAAGAGUGACGAGAACCUAAUUUCUCCCAACUGUGUGACACCUGAAUCAAACAUUAAGGUCUUGAGAAUAAAGAAAGAGGCUCUUGAUUGUAAGUUAAGUUCGACAGGAAACGUGUAGAGAGCAUAUUGCAUAUUGGUGUUAGGAUGUAAAGGGUUAAGAAAGGAGAAAUAAUAAGGAAACAACAAAUUGAGGUUGCUGAUUUUGUUGGAGUGACCAAGUGCAUUCCUGGCAAAGUGAUAGUUUUUCAGUCCAGCUUUUUGGGAAUGAGAUCGUUUUCUUUGUUAGUUUAAUUUUGUCGGGGAAGGUAUUGAAAAAUUACUUUCAUCCUAAGGUGUGACAUCAGUAGACAAAAGUCCUAUUCCACUGGACGGCCAUGACGUAUGGGACACGAUUUCGAUGGGGAAGCCUUCUCCACGCACUGAGAUAUUACUAAACAUUGAUCAACCUGGCUCAGUUCCUCCAGGGCCUGGUGUCCUGGGUGGUUAUACGGGGAUCGCACUCAGGACCGGUGAUAUGAAGUUGCUGAUGAAUGUGCCUAAUGUCACGUGGUUUAAACCGCCAGAGAUUGGUGGAAAAGUGGAAAAAGAAAUACCUCUAGACGCGGUGUUUGAAAACCCAGACAUGGUAAAGUGACCAGUACGCCAUAUUUAUUUUGAGUGAUAGAAAUAAUUAGAAUCAGUUGGAGAUAUCACCCCUCAGGUCCAACUUGGAUCUCAGAUACAUCUUUCAUUACUACGAUGCUUUUGUUCUUGUAAACGGGAAAUGUCGCAUACAUUUGAUUGAGCACAAAGUAUGCGAAUCAUGUUUUUUUGGGAACUAUUUCGAGGUUUUGAUUUUACAAUUAGAAAAGGUCACUUACACUCACAGACUAUGCACGGCAUUGAAUUAUAAGAUAUUGUUACGCUUAACUCUCGUAAAGGCGUCGUUUAAUGGAUCUUUGCAGCUGCCUUUGUUUACUUAUCUUAUUUCUUACGCAGGUGACGGUUGACAAAGUAGACAUCGCCUUAUAUAACAUUUCUAAAGACCCAGAAGAACGAGUUGACCUUAGCAAAAAAUUCCCAGAUAUUGUGAAGGAUAUGCAGAUGAGGGUCAAGUACUUCGUGAAUUCGUCAGUAAAACCGUUAUACCAGAAAAACGAUCCCGAAGCCUUGAAAACCGCUCAGGAAAAGGGUGCAUGGGGCCCCUGGAGAGACUAAAAUCAUACAAGUUGUACUUUCAAUCACACAACAGAAUUAUUUUGAUAAUCAGCUCUGUAUAAUGUCCGAUGAAAUAGUUAAAUUCUUCACUUGAAUGAUCCUGUUCUUGUCUAAUCUUUUUGAUAUUGGAAUAUAGAAUAACAAUCAUGCGGGUCCACUCCUGUGGACCUGUGCUUGAGUGUGCCAGGAAGUGACUAGGUAGUCACGUGACUUACCAUAAAAGAUUGCAUAUUUUGUGGACGCGAAUUACUUCAUGUUCACCUGAUUCGGAAAAUAAUGUCAUUUAUGUCCUGAUUCACUUACUAAGUGGUCUAUCUUACACGUUUUACAUAUUGUUAAAGCUUGUUUGAGAGUUUGUGUAACAAUCAACAACUUCUUCAGCUGCCGAUAAUUUUCUUUAUUCUCAUGACCACACUGCGUGAUUCAGGGGUGAUAUUGCGAGGGGAAAUUAGAUGCUAGUCACUCUUGGGAUUAGAGGGUUAAAUAAAGAGUUUACUUACUUAGCGACGUCAUGUGUUGUUUUUUUUCUUUCCAGAUAAGCCCUCUCUCCAUCCAGGAGUACAAAUCGCGAAUUGCUUGGGAAACCUUACGACGUGUCGGGGGUUGACUAAGAAUGAACUAACAUCACCUCAAGGUGGUGUAGCAACACCUGUUGUCAGUUAAUGCCAAAAUAACCCGGAUAAGUUCGGGUAUCUAUAUGAGUAUAUCACUUUUCUUUCAGAGGGGUAAACAGGUCUAAAAGUCACAUGCCAAGCGAUAUUUCCUUUAAAAAUUUCGGGGAU